UCGCUCCACCCCAGCCCUUUCGCGCCGCCCCAGCCCCAUCGCCAGGUCCUGCUGAACAUGGACGAGCUGGAGGAGCAGGAGCUGCACGCGUGGAUGCACGAAGAGCCCCUGACCGAGAUCGAGAAAGAGGCUUUGGACAUAUUUAACGCAGUUGGAGAUGGAUUGGUGACUAUAGAUGACCAUGCAGCGAUGAUGCUCAAAUGCCAUGCCACCAAGCUCCCAGUUACUCAUGUUUACUCCAUCGAUCCGAACGGGUUCCCUGUGGCCACCCGCAACCCAAAUGUUCGGCAUGGCAACUGGCUGGUCAUUGCGACCAAAGAAAACUCUCAAGAAGAAAUCGAUAGGGCAGUGCAUGACGCUUAGGAUGUCACUGGUUUUCGUAUGACACAAUAGUGAAUUCUCGUCUUGUAAGUCUACAGGGUGGGUAA